GGUAUAGAGGCUAUCUAGAGAAGUGUUAACGAAGGCCAUUAAAGGAUCAAGGCGAGGGUUCAAGAGGAAGGUAAUCCAAAUCCGUAAGAGAUAGGGACAUCUGCGCUGCGUUCAUGAUGACGGAUCGGCACUUUUGGAGGUUAUAGAGCAAGAUGACGUCAGAGAGAAAACUUGGGAUGGCAGAUUCAGUGCACCUGGACAUGAUGUGUGGCUUUCUCUGAAACUUCAGAAGACACGGUGGGAAAAACGUUAGCAGGAACAGCGAAGGGACGAGACUAGACAGUUAUAAAGGAGCUCCAGGUUCGAUCACCAUCACCGUUCCGCUUCCUUCCUCCUCUGCAGGCAAUGGCUGGAGCCAUAUGCAUGGCGUCCCCAUGCACCCGGAUCGCAAUGCGUGGACCUGCCGCUGGUCGGCCACCAAUUAGUGGUUAUGCUUCUGAGGAGCCAUGUACUGUAUCUCCAAACAGUACGAGCUAUGGCAUUGCUGCUUAUCGCUCAGAUAAGUCAAAGUCGAAGGCAACAACUCGUCGAUUGGUCCGUGAAAUCCGUAGAUUUCCAGAGUUCUUUCUUGGUCACUGCGAUCCGAAAACCACAAAUCCUCUUGACGUUAGGAAGGCUGGAGAUAUUCGCAUAAGCGGCACAUCAUGUGCCCUGCGGAGUGGUGACAUGGAUACGAAUGACUGCGAGUCGUCGCCAAAGACAUUGCCCGAGAGCUGUGACACACCAGAGGACGGUCAGGAGGAUGAUGAGGCAGCCAAUGGUGCAAUGGGGACCGGCAGAAGGGCGACGCGGAUCACAGGUCAUGACAGUGGAUUUGAUGUUCCCACAACACUGUACAGCUCUGCACCGCUUCUGCUGUUCUCCUUGGCAGCCGCAGAUGAUGGUAGCGCCGGGUACUCCAAGCUGAGCUACUACACCUCCCUCGGACUUUUCGUGUUGUCGGCUCCUGGCUUAUGGUCUCUUGUGAAGAGGUCCGCUAAGUCGAAGAUCGUGAGGAAGACAUUCGUUGUUCCCGGUCCGAAGGUUCCAAACUCGAAGCCCCUAAAACAACUUGCCGGCGAGAUUUCAUCCUUCUUCACCAGAAAUAACUUUAGAAUCAAGGACAGCGGCGAGAUUGUAACGUUUGAGGGGACGAUGACACCAAGCAGGGGUCAGGCUGCCUUCCUCGUAUUCUGCACUGCAGUUGGGUUGGCUAGCGUGGCGUUAGUGCUGACGAUCACAGCUCCGCAGCUGGGGCAAAACUGGUACUUGCUUACAACUCUCAGUCCCCUUGCUGGCGUCUACUACUGGACUAGGGCAACCAGAACAGAGCAGAUCAAGGUGAAGAUGGUGCUAUCUGACGACGAGUCGACAACAGAUGUCGUUGUUGAGGGCGACGACGAACAAAUUGACCUGCUCAGGCGGGAGCUGGCGUUGAUGGAGAAGAACAUGAUUUACGUGAAAGGAAUCCUGGAGCAGUGAGUGAACCCACGUCCACGUAAAUGUGCUCGCAUGAGAGAGAGAGAGAGAGAGAGAGAGAGAGAGAGACCGGCCGACAGACAGAGACAGACAGACAGACUGAUCGACCGAGAGAGAGAGAGAGAGAGAGAGAGAGAGAGAGAGAGAGAGAGAGAGAGAGAGAGAGAGAGAGAGAGAGAGAGAGAGAGAGAGAGAG